AGAAGAUGUGAAUAAUAGUUUAUUAAUAAAAAAAGAAUACAUGGAACCUGACGAACAAUUACCAAAACCAACAGAAGUAGUAAAUGUAGAUGUGAACAUAAAAACUGAAUUCCAAUCACCUGCUGCAGAAGACACAACAAUUUAUGAAAAUAUAAAAACUGAAGAAUUAACAAUUAAAGAAGAAUGUAUAGGAGUUAAUGAACCAGUAGAAGAUGAUGAAUAUACAAAUAUUGAAAAUCUACUAGGAAUAUCUACGGAUGGCGUAGUUGAAGAGGAGAAAUUAGAAAAAAAUGCUCCAGAAUAUCAACAAAUCAAUUUUGGGGAACAUUUUUUGUGUGAUAUUUAUGACAAGACAAUUAACGAUGGUAAUAAUUUACUUAAUAAACAAAUUGAUAAGGAACUAAAACUAUUUCCCUGUGAUAUUUGUAAUGUAACAUUUAGUUCUUACAAAAGUUUAACUACUCAUCAACAACAGGUUCACCCUGGAGAGAAUCUUUUCUCAUGUGAUAUUUGUGGGAAAACAUUUAAUCGACAACCUCAUUUAACUCAACACAAACGAGUUCACAGUGGAAUUAAACCGUUUUCAUGUGACCUGUGCGAUAAAACAUUUACUACACAAAGCAAUUUAGUUGUACAUCGACGUACUCAUACUCAAGAAAAACCUUUUCAAUGUGAUAUUUGUAACAAAUCGUAUUCGCAAAAUAGCCAUUUAACUGUACAUAAACGAACUCACACUGGAGAAAAACGUUUUUCUUGUGAGGUUUGUAAUAAAACAUUUAGCUCGCAUAAUGGUUUUGUUUUUCACAAAAGAAUUCAUACAGGCGAAAAACCUUUUUCAUGUGAAUUUUGUAACAAAACAUUUAGUGGACGUUCUAAUUUAGUUGUACAUAAACGGACUCAUACUGGGGAGAGACCUUUUGAAUGUGACGUCUGUAGUAAAACGUUUACCCAUCACAGUCAUUUUGUUGUUCAUAAACGAUCUCACACCGGAGAAAAACCUUUCUCAUGUAAUGUUUGUGAUAAAUCAUUUACUACGAAAUGGGAUUUAGCUAGACAUAACCGAAUUCAUACAGGUGAAAAACCCUUCUCGUGUAAUAUUUGUGACAAAACUUUUACGGAUCGAAGUAAUUUAGGUCGUCAUAAACAAACACAUAGUUAUUAAUCAGUUUUUGAACAAAUUUUCGUUGACAAAACCUUUUCAAAAAUUUCUUUGUGCACUUCGCUUAUUCCAUUAAGUAUGAGUAUGUUUCCUUAAAUGAAAAA